GGGCGGGCACUGAGCACCCCCAGGCCACGCCCCAAUUCGGAAGGGGCGGGGUCUCAUGCGCGGCCGUGACGUGGCGAUGGCGGAACGCUACGUGAAACCGGGGAACAAGGAGCGCGGCUGGAACGAUCCCCCCCAGUUUUCCUAUGGGCUGCAGAUCCAGUGUGGAGGCCCGAAGCGCCACCACCUCGCACGCAGGGUUCCCGGCCCGGCCGAUGGAGCCCCCCAAGCCCCGACUCCAGCGAAUUCUGCUCCUCCCGCGGUGCCAGCAGCCUUAGCCUCAAAACCUGUGGGGCCCCCCCCUCUUGCUGUGGUCAGCCCUGCUCUGAGGCCAGAUGCCGCAAAGCAGGUUGCGAGCCUGGCUGAGGAGGAGUGCGAGGUGAAGGUAGACGAUGUUCUAGCCCCUCUGAAUGAGACUCUAAGCAUGUGCAGGAACAUCGUGCAGAAACAGGUUUGUGAUGACAUCAGCAGACGCCUCGCUGUGUUUCGGGAGCUGUGGCUCCAGGGAAAGCUGUCUGCCCCUGUGAGGAAGAGGAUGAAUAUCCUGGUGCAGGAGCUCCAGCGGCAGCACUGGGACGUGGCUGAUGAAAUCCAUCGCUCGCUCAUGGUGGACCAUGUCAAUGAAGUCAGUCAGUGGAUGGUGGGAAUCAAACGGUUAAUUGCUGAAGCAAGGAACUUGCCUCCUGGAGACUUGGUUGCAAAUGAUGAGCAGGGAGCUGGAGCUCAGCCAGCCGAAGAGGCCCUGUGAGCCAUGGCAAAGCUGGGGGACCUGAACUGCCCCCAGGUCCCACUGUGCCCCCCCAGAG